GAUCUUUCGCCUACUUCCACUCGCACUUCUCCAUCCAAUCUCCAUCGCUUUCCCUUCUGGUAGUAAGGAAAGAAGGACGGCGGCUGCGGAAGAACUAACGACGAUGGACGCCGGCGACGAGGACGAUGCAAAAGAUCGGGUGUGUCGCAAGGGAGGAUGGGGUCAUUGGAGACAGGGAUAGGAAACCGUCGGCGACAGAGGCGAAGACUCUCUGGUCGCCGCGAUGACGAGUCCAAUGGAGAUAGCGGAUU